AUGGCGGAAUUGAGUGCUUUCCAGAAGCGUCGGCUGGACAACAUCAAACGUAACAAUGAUUUGCUAAAAAAACUCAACUUGAAUGGGGUCUCUGGACAAUUAAAGAAUGAGGCAGGUGUAAAAGACCACACCAAGGCCAAAAAGACCAAUGGGAAAAGUAAAACGGUAGUGAAAAGUCCAAAAGUGGCCAAAGUACCAACAAGGAGAUCGAGAAGGCUUAUGGGAGAAACUUCGGACGGCAAAGAAGUUCCACAUGUAAGCGAUAACGAGCUUUUGAAAAGGUCCGAAUCUCCGAACCUUGAAGAACUGAAAAAUACGGCUGUUGUGGGAGAUGUGAAACUGAGUGAUUUGAUCAAAUCCGAAGACGAAGAAGAGCUUCUGACGCUGUUCAAAAACUACGGUAACAAAAACUUUUCGUCUGGGGACUUUUUCAAAGAGAUUCAAAAGCACAAGAAAGUGUCUAAAGACGUGGCUGCGUUACAGCAGGAUUUUGAUCUCCAGAUGUAUGAGAUAUUUCAACCUAACGAGAUAAAGAUUGUACAAGACCGUAUCAGUGCUAUGUUUUUCCAUCCAGCGGUUGAUCGAAAACUGGUAGUGGCGGGCGAUACCACUGGCCACCUUGGGCUCUGGAAUGUUCAUCUGGAGCAACCCCAGGAUGAAAUAGAGGCACCAGAUAUCACAACGGUGAAGCUUUUCCAAAAAAAUGUGGCCAAGAUCGAUGUUUUCCCUCAAGACUCAGGAAAACUGAUGACAGCGUCCUAUGACGGGAUUUUACGCUCAAUUGAUUUAGGCAGUUUGCAAAGUGAGGAAGUGCUAUCGCUGAAAGACGGGUACGACGACCCUAUGGGUAUCAGUGAAUUUCAGUUCAGCUACAAAGAUCCGAAUCAGGUCUUUAUGACCACUUUGGGCGGGGAAUUUACAAGUUUUGACAUCAGAACCAAAGCUACAGCGCCAAAUAUUCUACGACUGGCUGACAAAAAAAUCGGAUCCUUCAGUAUAAACCCGCAGAGGCCCUAUGAGAUUGCUACUGGUUCAUUAGACCGAACGCUCAAGGUUUGGGACGUUCGAAAAAUUGUAAAAUCUGCCGAUUGGCUACAAAACGACGAUUAUUCCAGCCUCGAGCUGGUGGCAAGCUACGACUCCAGACUAAGUGUCUCGGCUGUCUCUUAUGCACCUGUGGAUGCAUCACUGGUUUGCAAUGGAUACGACGACACCAUUCGCAUUUUUGAUUUGAAAAAUGUACCUGCAGCGACAGAAUUGCAACCGAAAAUCACACUCAAACACAAUUGUCAAAGCGGGAGAUGGACCAGCAUUUUGAAAGCACGCUUCAAGCCCAACAUGGACGUUUUCGCCAUUGCCAACAUGAGUCGAGCCAUAGAUAUAUACCACAGCUCGGGAGAGCAGUUGGCACAUUUGAAAACCGCAACGGUUCCGGCGGUGGUAAGUUGGCACCCGCUUCAGAACUGGAUUGUCGGUGGGAAUUCCAGCGGGAAGGUAUUUCUCUUCGAGGACACGCAGGACACGCAGGACCACAUCCAGCAUCACAAUGGUGAGUAG